UUGUAAUCCAGAAUCAGAGAGGAACAAUGUGGUCGGCCUAGGAUCAGAUAGAGAAAUAUGCAGAAAUGAUUUAAGUACAGCCUGUAACCAAUGGGAAGCACAAGCUUAGGUCAGUUUAGUUUCUUACCUUUAAUUUGGAUAGUUUCAUAACCUUAAGGAAGGGGAGAAUAGUGCCUACCUGCUUUGAUUUACAAGAAAGGGAGACUGCACAUGAAUAAUGUGCUUGAAGGUUUGAUAAAGCACUAUGGAUUACUAUACAAUAUCCUUACAGAAGCAACACGAAAUCAGGAUUCAGCCAGAAGAUAUAGCUUCCAGCUCUCACACUUUUAAACAGAAAUUUUUCACAAAGUCAAAACCUUGUGCAGUCUGCAAGCAACUUGUGAAUGACCACGGAAUUUCAUGCCGAGUCUGCAAGUAUGUCUGUCACAAAAGAUGUGAAUUAAAGGUGGUGACUCCAUGUUUUCUUCCUGUGAAUUAUGAGUUGCCUAACAACAUUGAUGCUUGUUUGAGCCAUGUAAAUGAAUCAGAGUUAAACCGCUUUUCAAAAAGUUCAUCCUUUUCCUGUGACAAAUUGUCUCAAAACAUGGACUUUGACCGCAUUAUGGAGGAAGGUUAUGAACUCGACCUCACCUUUAUCACAGAGCGAAUAAUCUCUGUAUCCUUCCCCAGUAGCUGUUCAGAUGAAAUUUAUCUUCACAACCUCCAUGACGUGACCCGCAUGCUGAAAUCAAAACAUGGAGAUAAUUAUUUGGUAUUAAAUCUAUCAGAAAAGCGUUAUGAACUUUCUAAACUUAACACUAAGGUAAUGGAUUUGGGCUGGCCUGAUCUGCAUGCCCCCCCUCUAGAUAAAAUGUGCACCAUAUGCAAGGCAAUGGAAACUUGGCUGAACAGUGAUCCUCUGCAUGUGGUUGUAAUUCAUUGCAGAGGUGGAAAAGGAAGAAUUGGAGUUGUGAUAUCAUCUUACAUGCACUUUACAAAUGUUUCUGCAAGUGCUGACCAGGCUUUAGAUCGCUUUGCAAUGAAGAAAUUUUUUGAUGAUAAAGUGUCCAUGCUUAUGCAGCCGUCUCAGAUAAGAUAUGUCAGUUUCCUGAACGGCCUCCUCUCUGGUGUGGAGAAGAUGAAUGCUACACCGCUCUUUUUGCAUUACGUUAUUCUUCAUGCCAUUCCCAACUUUGAUACAGGUGGAGUAUGUCGACCCUUUAUAAAAAUUUACCAGGCGAUGCAACCUGUGUUCACAUCUGGAAUUUACAAUGUUGGACCAGAAAACCAAAGCAGAGUUUGCAUUGCAAUUGAACCAGCUCAACUUAUCAAAGGUGACAUUAUGAUCAAAGGUUACCAUAAGAAAUACCGUUCUGUAACCCGUGAUGUCAUUUUCAGGCUGCAGUUCCAUACAGGGGCUGUGCAUGGCCACCGACUGAUUUUUGGAAAAGAAGAGUUAGAUCAUGCAAACAAAGAUGACCGAUUUCCGGACUAUGGCAAAAUUGAAUUAGUUUUUUCAGGGACUCCAGAAAAGAUUUUAGGUUCAGAAAACCUUCAGAACAAUCCAGGAGUAACAGUAGAUUACAAUACAUGUGAUCCUUUGAUACGAUGGGAUUCUUAUGAAAAUACAAGUAUAAAUGGAGAAGUUUACCACAUUCCAACGCACAUCUUGAAAGUUCCCCACACACAAGGCCCUCUUGAUGGAAGUUUGUAUGCCAAAGUAAGAAAGAAAAGCCUUUCUGAUGGCUCUGUUACAGUUAUUGACUCUGGGGUUCCCUUGACAAGCAGCCCUGAUCAUAGUGAUCAUACUUUGUCUGUCAGCAGUGAUUCAGGGCAUUCUACUGCUUCUAUAAGGACAGAAAGAACAGAAGAAAAGGUUGUAUCAAAAGUCAGAAGAGGUCUGAGUCCAAAAGAGAAGGCAGAACUGGACCAACUACUUAGUGGGUUUGGAGUAGAUAACCAGACGUGCUCACAGAAGGAUAUGACUGAUGCUCAAAACAAGUACAGUGGGACACGACUUAUAGUCCCUGCUGAAAUUCAUGUGAAUGGAAACACUAAGCUCAAAGACAGAGAAACUGAUAUUUUAGAUGACGAAAUGCCAAAUCACGAUUUACACAGUGUUGACAGCAUUGGCACUUUGUCUUCAUCAGAAGGGCAACAUUCUAACAAUCUUGGAAACUUUAGUUGCCAUAAAAGCAGUCAAAACUCAUUGCUGUCUGAUGGCUUUUGCAGUAACACUGGAGAUGAACACAACCACAGUUUAGCACCUGACCUAGGUAUUAGUAUUGACCAUAUGUAUGAAAGGUCAUAUAACAUCAAUGAACCAAAGCAAGUUCAGCAGCCAACUGCUCCACCUCCUCCUUAUGUACAAAGCAACUAUUCAACGCAGACUUGGGUGCGCCAACAGCAAAUGGUUAGUUCACAUCAAUACAGCUAUCCUGAUAAUGAAAGUCGAUUUGGUGUACAUGGCUCAUUACAUUCAACCCCUAACACAACAGAAAUGUCCAAAGUCCCUUCUGUAUCUAACAGAAGUUUUAGCAGAAAAGAUACUGUGCAAAGGAGUAUGUCAAAUUUCACUCCAGACCAGGUUCCAGAAAGCUCCCGGCAUGCAUCUUCAACACAAAAUCCACCUAAUGGGAUAGAAGUGAAGAAUGAAGAAAUGCCUUCCUCCCCAACAUUGGAUAUAGACCAGUCAAUUGAGCAACUUAAUAAAUUAAUCUUGGAGUUGGAUCCAACUUUUGAACCAAUUCCGACUCGAAUGAAUUCUAGUGCAACAAAUACAAAUGCACUUAUUACUGAUGUUGAUAACCGUGACCUUCAUACGCCUUUAGAUGCAGAGAAAAGAAGAAAACUCUUCCAAGAAGGUGCGCAGGUGAAUGCAUCAUUGGCCAGAGCUCGAAAGCUUAGUUUUGGCCAGUAUGAUAAUGAUACACCAGAUCCACAGUAUGCUAGAUAUGUAUGGAAGAAAUCUCCAGAGCAAGAUUCAACAUCCAGGUCAUUUACAGUGAUGAGGCAAUCCCAGUCAAAAGAGGAGACAUUUUCUAGUUUCCAGGGGGAUUUUGAUGAAGUAGAUAACCCCUUCAGCUGUGCAAAAAAUGGGAAUGAAGUUGUUCCACCUACUCCAGCUUUUCCUAUUUCACCGGAAACACCUUAUGUGCGAACACCUCCAAAUUAUAAUCAAAUGUUUGAGGCAGGCCAUCAGUUUUGUAACCCUACAGAUAUGUAUAAAACCGAGCAUGAGAUGAAAAAUUACAGUGACGGCCUUAAACAGAGAAUCCUUCCUUCUGACCAUUCGGUUGGGACAAAUUCUGUAUUCUACAUGACGGAAUUGGAAAGAUCUUCAAUCCAGGGGUCUCCAAAUCCUGCACCCAGAACAGAGAGCAUUUCAGAAGUUGAACAUUUAUGGAAUGAAAAUGCAACAAAACCUUUGUUUGCCUAUCAAUCUUCAUUAAAGAGCAGAAGCAGGUCACCAGUAAGUGGUCUGCAGUCAUCAGGGUUUCUGAACUCUGAGAGAUCAAUACUAACCAAAGAGUCCCCAUCUGGGCUUCAGGCUCUUGCAAUAAACAGUCAGGAUUGUGCACCUACUGAUCUACCAGAGAACUCUUCAAGCAAAAAUAAGCAGGCAUAUCUGAACUUUGAGAGUCAUGUUACUGCCAGCAAUAGUCCUCUGGUAGAUGAGAAACAUGUAUCUUUUUUCUCAGGUGAAAAUGGUUCCCCUAAAACCAUAAGAACACAGUUUUCCAUGGACAAUAACAGCUCACAAAGCCAAGGCAGUCCGGUUCUACACCAUGUAGUAAAAAGUCUUCAUUCACAGCCCCCUCUACCUGAGAAAAAGAGAAUUUCUGAAGGGGAAAGAUCAUUUGGCUCUGUUUCUCCGUCUUCAAGUGGCUUCUCAAGUCCACACAGCGGCAGUACAAUCAGCAUUCCAUUUCCCAAUGUGCUGCCUGAUUUCUCAAAAGUUCUAAGUGAAUCUCCUCUCCCAGAAAAUUCAACUGAUAAGAUGACAGUGAAAUUUGUGCAAGACACCUCCAAAUUCUGGUAUAAGCCUGAUAUCUCAAGAGAACAAGCUAUUGCAGUUCUUAAGGACAAAGAACCCGGUUCCUUUAUUGUCAGGGAUAGCCAUUCCUUCAGAGGAGCCUAUGGGUUAGCUAUGAAGGUUGCUACACCACCUCCAUCUGUGGUACAGCUAAACAAAAAAGUUGGAGAUCUGGCAAAUGAACUUGUACGGCACUUCUUAAUUGAAUGCGUUCAAAAAGGUGUCCGCUUGAAGGGAUGUCCAAAUGAACCGUAUUUUGGGAGUUUAACAGCUUUGGUUUAUCAACAUUCCAUUACACCACUGGCACUGCCUUGUAAAUUACUCAUCCCUGACAAAGAUCCAUUGGAAGAGAUUGCAGAGACAGCCCCACAGACUGCUGCAAACUCUGCUGCAGAAUUACUCAAGCAGGGAGCAGCAUGCAAUGUUUGGUAUCUGAAUUCAGUGGAAAUGGAGUCCCUUACAGGAUAUCAAGCAGUGCAGAAAGCACUGAGUAUAAGCCAAGUGCAGGAUCCACCGCCCAUCUCCACUGUAGUACACUUCAAGGUGUCUGCUCAAGGAAUCACUCUAACAGACAAUCAACGGAAAUUGUUCUUCAGAAGACACUAUCCAGCAAACACUGUGAUAUUCUGUGCCCUGGAUCCACAAGACCGAAAGUGGACAAAAGAUGGACUUUCAGCAAAAGUCUUUGGCUUUGUAGCCAGAAAGGGCAAUGGCAAUGACAACAUCUGUCAUCUCUUUGCUGAACAUGAUCCAGAGCAACCAGCAAGUGCCAUUGUUAACUUUGUGUCUAAAGUCAUGAUUGGUUCUCAGAAAAAAAUGUAGAGCUGCUUCUUGAAAAUUUACUUACAUUUUGAACUCUUGUUUAAAGACUAUGAACCACUCAAAUUUUACUUUUCAUAAUCCCAAGAAAAAAAAAUAUGAUAUGGAGAUAAAAUAAUUACAAGACUGUAAGAAUAAGUAGAAAAAAACUAUAUAUAUAUAUAUAUAUAUAUAUAUAUAUAUACACACACACUCACACAUAUAUAUAUAUAAAGCAAAUACCGUCUGUUGUAUUCACAUUCACAUUAUUAAGUGCUUUGAAUCAUUCAGAUGCUCUAUACUAUUCCUCCUUUGUUGUGAAAUUUAGAUUUUUUUAUCUUUUAUAAGAAAAAAAAAAAACUCUUUUAAAGAUACAGUGUUUGCAGAUCUCAUAAAUCUCAAAAUUAUAAUCCAUCUAAGAACAGUUGAGCACACGCCAAGUUGUUUUUUAUUCUUAAACAUUUCUGAGGUGUGCUGUCAAUAGUUUACAUACAAGCUCCUCUAUUGACUUCAUUACUCUUCAGUUGUGCUUAACAGUAUUAAAUCUGGUUGUAAAAACUAAUUAAAGUUAAAAAGCAACAAUUUCUAUAAUAACCCUGCUUUUUUGGGAUUAAAAUGAAUGUUUAAGCAAGUCUAUUAAAAUGGUAUGUGCAGGUGGUUUUUGACAGAGCUGAGAAUUGAGUAUAUAUUGAUAGGUGGUAAAAGAAAGUGAUCAGUUUUUGAAGGUAUAAUGUAAGUGAAAAGUUGCAGGGACGGUAGGUGGUAUUAAACAAAUGUGAAGAAUGAUAGUUUUUUGUGAUGACAAGGGUAUGUUUUUCCCAAUCACAUAGUAAAUCUUGUAAAAGGUAAAUCUUUUUUGAUGAGUACUGUUGCAUACCGCUGAUGCUGGACUCAUUUUCUCAGAUAAAAACACAGACCAAACUAGGCGUUCCAAUACAACUAUGAUUAUCAUCUCCUAAAAUAAAUCGCACAGAUGUAGCCACGCUCAUUGUUGCUGCACUUGUCGCACCAGGCGGCCGCCCAUAGGAAUGAAUAGCAUUUGUAUGCAUGCAUGCACGCACCUCAUUUGCGGGCACACCAGUUGCGCCACCCAUAUUGCGAUGCGUAUGCAUCACGGCAUGGAUGAACAUAGCUACACCUGUAGUAGAAAAGUGAUGCUUAAAGGAUCUGUAUUGAAUUGUCUAAAAAAGAGAGUUCGUAAUUGAAGAAUUUGCCUUUACAUUCUUUUUUUUCCGCUCUCGAAGUUGUAAUCAAACAGCAAAUAGCACAAAUGAAGUUUUAUUUUCUUUAUUACCUCUCUAAGAGAUUAGGUGUGUAAGCUCCCUUAUCACAUUACAUGGUCUCGAAAGUGUUUAGAAUGUAUUUUUAAAUGUAGGAAAGCUGCUAAUUUUUUUAGAAAGGCCCAUAAAUCCACCAAUGUUCAAAUAAUGAUCCUACCAUACUUGUUUUUUUUGUUACAUAGAAAACUACAAAAGGGUGAUUACUAGAGCAAUGCUAGCAAAUAAUUUUCUGCAAAUGCAUGGUAGCCUGGAAAGACAAUAUUCAAAAAUAUACAUCCAUGUACAGUAUCUUUUAGACAUAUCUGCAUUUAGUUUCAAAACAUUUUCCAGUUAAGGUGAUAAAACGAUUAAGGGCAAAUAAUAAAAGCUGCAUCAUUACCUUCCAUCCCAAAAAGCUACAAAGACCAAUUGUACAGUAUGUAUAUUCUGUAAAUGAGGAUAAGUGCAUUUUAAUAUGUUAAGGUGUUGUUUUGCUCCCUGCUUUGUUUAGUUUUUCAUUUAAUUUUAUUUCUUCAUUUUCAGGAUUACAAUCCAGAAUAUAAAAAACCAUUAUAGCAAACAACCUUUUUUUAUUUGUAAAUUUAUCAGAACACUUGCUAUCAAUUAUUUUUGUGCUUCUGCCUUUUACCAUUUAUACAAAGAAAAAAUUGCCAUAUUUUAAUGUUGUAUAAAAUGAAAUGUAAAUGUAUUUUCAUAGUUUGUAUUUUAUUUCUUAUGCUGGCUUUUUUUGUUUUAAUUCAGUUAGUGUUACUGCAACAACUGUUGUCCAUGAGAAGGGUUUAGACAAUGACUAAAAUAUACCUUAAUAUGCGAAACAAGUGUAUUAUGAUGUAACACUACUUUUAAUUAAAAUUAUUCAAGUACAUCUAAGGUUAUUAAAUAUAAAAUCAAAUUAUAUAACUUUAAACAGUAAAUAAAAACGUUUUUUUGUAAGGACUGAUUUUUUUUCAGGCACAAUCAUAGUUAUCAUUAAGUGUUUUUUUUUCCCUUUUUUGUUUGUGAUUUAUUGUUUCCUUGGAGUACCUUUUAUUUUGAUUUGUAGCACCCAUAUGAGUUUCUUUAGAUGCACAAAUAUUUGUUUAUUUAAAUGCUCCCUUUUCUACUUUGGCUAUACAGUCUUGUAAUUAUUUUGAUUUAGUGUUAAUAUAAAGUUUGUUUUAAUUACUAUUUUGAAGUAAUCUAUUCCCAGUAUAACUAUGUUAUAUUUGUUAAACUUGGGCUUUUUAUGGACCAACCUGAAGUCAGUGUACUUUUUUUAAAACUUUGACACGCUUUUGUAGUGUAUGCAUUCUUUUAAUGGUAUAUUACCAUAUCAUUUUUUUAUAUAUGAAAUAUUUUAAUGCUGCACAGAAUUAACCGUAGAUGGUAAAUGUGAAUAUGGAUUCAUUUACAAUUUUCAGAUUUAAAGAAAUAUUUCAGUACUUCACUUUGUAGUUUUGGUUAGAUUUUACACAGGUACUGUGAUAUUUUUACACAGAGUAUGAUUGAAUAAAACAUAUGCCAUGAAUCAUGUUUUUUUUUUCUUCCCCUUUUUAUUAUAUAUAUAUAUAUAUAUAUAUAUAUAUAUAUAUAUAUACACACAGGUUGAGUCUCCCUUAUCCAAAAUGCUUGGGACCAGAGGUAUUUUGGAUAUGGGAUUUUUCCGUAUUUUGGAAUAAUUGCAUACCAUAAUGAGAUAUCAUGGUGAUGGGACCCAAGUCUAAGCACAGAAUGCAUUUAUGUUACAUAUACACCUUAUACACACAGCCUGAAGGUCAUUUUAGCCAAUAUUUUUUAUAACUUUGUGCAUUAAACAAAGUGUGUCUACAUUCACACAAUUCAUUUAUGUUUCAUAUACACCUUAUAUACACAGCCUGAAGGUCAUUUAAUACAGUAUUAUUAAUAACUUUGUGUAUUAAACAAAGUUUGUGUACAUUGAGCCAUCAGAAAACAAAGGUUUCACUAUCUCACUCUCACUCAAAAAAGUCCGUAUUUCGGAAUAUUCCGUAUUUCGGAAUAUUUGGAUAUGGGAUACUUAACCUGUAUAUAUAUAUAUAUAUAUAUAUAUAUAUAUAUAUACAGGUUGAGUAUCCCUUAUCCAAAAUGCUUGGUACCAGAGGUAUUUUGGAUAUCGGAUUUUUCCGUAUUUUGGAAUAAUUGCAUACUAUAAUGAGAUAUCAUUGUGAUGAUGAAAAACAAAGGUUUCACUAUCUCACUCUCACUCAAAAAAGUCUGUAUUUCGGAAUAUUCUGUAUUUCGGAAUAUUUGGAUAUGGGAUACUCAACCUGUAUGUGUAUAUAUAUAUAUAUAUAUAUAUAUAUAUCUGUACUGCUAUUACAGUGUUAAUACAUACAAAUGCAAUUUUGCUAUAAAAAAAAAAGCGCCAUGUUUAAAUAAAACGAUGCCAGUGUAUUUAUCACCCUUAUAUAAUUUCAUUUAUUACUUACUUGCAAAUUCUUUUACUUUUUUGCUGUAAAAAUGUAUCCACUAUGUAAAAAUGAAUGCUCUACACAUCAUUUGUAUAGCCUUUUACUCUACCAUUAAAAUAUCAACUUUAUUUAGAUUAUAAUAAAAUGUGAAUUUAAUACAGUGUCAUUAAGUAUUCUUUCAUAAUUGAUUACCUAUCUAAACACUUUGCUUGGCAUAACAUUCAAAACUUUGUAUGUUUGUCAUGUAAAUAAAUAUUUCUGUUUCAAGGGUUCAAGAUAAAUUAAUACGUUUGUGAUAUAGGUGUGACCUUAUUAAAUGGAAGAAGCCUC